AUCACCGCCGUGUCGAGUACAUGGCUGCCUCCCCCAUCGCCACUUCGAACGGUGAAGAACAAGAUCAAACACAGCAGCACAUUCUCAAGUGGUCUGCCGAAACGAUGGACGUCGAGGCUGCCCGUGAUCAUAUGGGCCCCGGCGGCGACAUCGACAUGAACGGCGCAUCCCAUCCCGCCGACGACCGCAGCGCGCCUGGUCAAGAACCUGCAGAUUACCCCGCCGCCCCAGGGUCCGCCACGGGCAGCGCCGGCGACGCCGCGGCGCGCUUGGAGGCCGCCCAGCGCGGCGAGAAGCUAGUCAAGCCGAACAAGGUCUACAUCGGCGGACUCCCGGAACACACCCGCAAGGAGGAUCUCGAGAGCUGCUUUGGCAAGAUUGGCAACAUCGUCAACAUCGAGCUAAAGGUGGGCUACGGAUUCGUGGAAUUCGACAACCGCGAGGCCGCGGAAGAGAGUGUGGCGAAGUACCACGAGGGCUAUUUCAUGGGAAACAAGAUACGUGUCGAGAUCUCUCAUGGCGGCGGACGCACCGCAAAGUACAGCGGCGACCCGGGGGCGUGCUUCAAGUGCGGCCAGAUGGGUCAUUGGGCCAGGGAAUGCCCCAACCAUCUUGCAGCUGGACGCCGCCCGGGCAGUGACGCCCCCCUCAUUGACCGCAUUCAGCCCCCCAGGGAGUACCCGGUGCCUCCUCGCGACUACUACCGUGACUACCCUGGGUAUCCUCCUCGGGACCCUCGCUACUAUGAUUAUCCGCCGCCGCCCGUUGCGCGCGAUGGCCGCUACGGGCGUCCUCCUUCCCCGCUUCCCAGGGAAGUGCGCGACUACCCGCCGCCCCCGAUUCCUGUCCGCUCUGCUAGGGACUACGACGAUUACAGAAUCCGAGGCCCGCCGCCGCCGCCUGCUCGCUACGACUCUCGCGGCUUCUAUCCUGAGGGCGACCCUCUUGUCCCUGGGUACCCCCCGCGUGGCUACCCGCCGCCGCCGCCUCGGGAGUUCUACGACCGCGACUACAGGCGGGCGCCUCCCCCCGCGGACAGGUACGGCUCUUACCCUCCGGCCACUGUGAGACCUAGGACCCCGCCUGGUGCUCCGCCUGCUCGCUCUCGUGACGACUACGAACGCCCGCCGCCGGCUCGUGACUAUCCGCCUGCUACUGAGGCCCGAGGCCGCCCCGUCUCUCCGCCCCCCGCUCGCUACGCGGAGUACCCCCCUCGUUCUGGCAGUGUCGAAGCUCCUCGCUACCGCCGCCGCUCUCAGAGCCCCCCUUCGCGCUCUGCCUCUGGGGCUCCGUACGAGGCUUCCCGCUACGAAUCUGGCACUGGUGGGGCUGCGUACGCCGGCGGCACUUCUGGCAGCUACCCUAGCAACGGCUAUACUGCCACGAACGGCGGUGCUCCGCCCCCUGCGCGCAGCGCUGCGGCCCCGAGGGAAUACGCCCCGCCGCGCGCCGCACGCGAGCCCGAGCCGGCUAGCAGCUACCGGCGCACCUGAUUUUUCAAAGGCCCCUCAACUUGCCCCAACAGAGUCCUCAACGCUCUGCGAGGCGGCCGUUACGUUCGCGAACCGCAAUACAUCGAUUCCGUCCUUGUUUGCCCGUAUGCUCCCCCCUCUAUAACCCGAUAAAACCCACAGACAAAUGCGACUCCCUGGUUUCCUGGUGCGGCUACUGACUCAUGGCAUGUAUGGCCGCAGGGAGGGCUCUGACGCGACUACGGGCGGGGCUCCCGUACUCCACGACGAGGCCUGUUUGCGUCCCAUGUCCCUGGUCCCGGUUCCUCUGGUCCCGGUUCCUGGCUGGUUUUCUUGAUACGAUCUGCUUGCUACUACUGUCCGAAACUCGCUAUCGUCGUUUCUAGUUCUCCCCCUCUUUGAUGUACAUAUAAACCCAGAUCUGCCGCCGUCGACGUUCUUGCUUGUGUAGUGUAUGCGUAGCGGUCGGUGAGUGUUGU